AUGCGAGCUAAAAAAAAGAAACACGAUAAAGAUAAUAACCAGCUCACAAAUACCGAACGCAAAAAACGUGGCGCGAACAAAAGUUGUAAAGAGCAAGCUGAAGCAUUAGACGCAGAUGCGUUAUCUGAACAAAACGGAUCAGUUCAUAAAAAUGUCGUCAUCGUUACUAUUAACAAUAAAUACGAUAAUUUAAAGACGGCUAUAUCACAAAUUCAAAUUGAAACUAAAUCAAAAAAAUUGAUUAAUACUGUAAUCAGAAAUGAUACGAAUCGCCAAAAAUUAAGAGAGAUGCAGCAACAACUUGACCCAAGUAUCAAACAACCAUUAGACGUAAUAAAUAUUGAGAAAGAUUGGUCUUCAACAUAUCAUACAAUUCAUCAACUUAUCACUGUCUUAGAGCUGUUAAACGCAUUAAACGAGAAGCUAAGAGAUAUCGGAUACCCUGCAUUGGGCGUAAUAACCUUGACAAUUUUGGGUGCGCCCUCAACUCUUAGACUCCAUGGAUCUUUAUUCGAUCUUCAUUUCAAAGAAUUGCCUUAUAUUAGCAAGGAACUUAAGUGCAAAAUUAUAGGCAAUCUUCGAGAACAAUAUACCAACUUCACAUAA